ACACUCACACUAUGAAGGCCAUCAUGCGUCGACUGAACGAUACAUGGGUGACCGCACGUUAUCAACGCCACUGCAUAAAUUGUGCAAACCGCUCGAACUAGACCGCGGAGCUUUCAUCCACCAACACGAAUCUGGACACUAGUGUUCACGCUACGCCGCUUGUAGCUUCCUCAUCUCAGGUCAACUUCAAGCUCGAAUCGCGCAACCGCUGGAUUGCCGUGCAAAUUUUGACUUCCCUGACUUGAACUACUCAGUUCGACAUUGUCGCAGUGUAACAAGCCUACCAUGUCGCCCAACGAGCGGUCGCCUUUGCUCGGCGGGAACCCCCUCCCUUUCUUGAGUUCGGACUUCAUCGGCAAUGGUAGCAGCCACAAGCAGGACAUCCAUGAGCAAUUCUGCCUACUUGUCGGCGUGCCGCCAUCCAACAAACCGAUAGACGCACCCAGGCCGGCGAGUUUCAAGAGAAGCUUGUAUGGCCGCGCGAUCCACACACGCGAUGCGCAGAACAGGACGUACAUGUUCACGGCGGCGUUGUCCAACACGCUGUUGCUUACACAGGUCGUUCUGGGCGCUGCUCUAACUGGGCUGGGUGCGAGCGAGUCUUCGCAUAUUCUGAUCACGGUUUUUGGCGCGCUGAAUACUGUCAUUGCAGGUCUGGUCGCUUAUCUGAAGAGCAGAGGCCAGCCGAUGCGCGCAAGGAUGUACAGGGAUGAUCUUGAUCGCGUAGUCGAUGAGAUGGAGAAUAGCGAGGUGAUGUGGUUGGGGAUCCAGCAUGGCGUUCAUGGGUAUGAUGAGAUUGCCAUUGAUGACAGCGUCAGUGUGAGGAGCGAAGUGGCACGGUUAACAAGAUUGCUGGACAAGGCUGUGAGGAGUAAUACCAUGAACGACCCGGACAUGUAUAUGAAUGCCGUGGGCGAAGGCGCAAACGCCGCGCUGCGCGCCCGCCCACCCCAGACGCAAAUCAUCUCCGCGCCGGAAGUAUCGCCCGGUGCCAACGGCAAUACGUCUGCGCCCGCGAACAGUGCGGCACCGCCCCCAGCAGCAGAUCCGGAUGCCAGCCCUGCGACGGCACCACCGAAGCAGAAGAGCCAGCCCUCCAGCCCUCCACCAGAGUCAACAGACGAACCUGCCAAGCCGGAACCUGCGAAAGAAUGUGCGUCUGCGCCAGUGCCUGUGCCUGCGUUAUCGCCUGUUAUUACUGUGGAGGAGCCUCCAAAGGAGCCUGCUCAGCCAAACGAGAGUGUCGCAGAUGGGGGUGUCGAAGCUGCGAAGCCCGCAUCUGAAGCGCCCGUUGCAGUUCUAGAUGGCGAUAGUAGUUCGAGUGAAGAUGGCCUCGUAAAGAAGGGAGAGGAAGGUCUGGACAGAGUGUGAGUCUUGCAGCGUUCAAGCGACGCGCUGGUUUUCAUGUUGACGCGUAAUAAGAGUAAUGUUUCAUGUGUGUGGGUUCUGUGUAGAGAUCGUAGAUUCAGUUCUGACGAGAGGUACAAGUAGAUUGGCAAUAGAGUCGGCAUGUUACGCCUAAUAUAAUCGCUCGAAUCAAGCAGACACAGACACAUCCCUUGAACAUCC